AUGGCUAGUAGCUUCAAUGAUGAAUUGGCGAGACUAGGAACGCGUCGAUUGCCGAGCGAUGAAUCUAUUCCUGAAGGCCCUUCCUAUGUCCAUAAUGCCUCUACUGCAAGCAAUAUUUCUAUUACAACUACUUCAUCGAGUGCAAACAAAUUAUCUUCACAUUCCUCAUCUAAUAAUGCAGCUCCACGGUAUAUUCCAUCCCGAUCUAAUACAAUGGAAACAAUUUUACUCAUGAGCGACAGCAACCCUUCAACGGUUGCUCAUAAUUCUGCACGUCCCACCGCUGCACAGCACUCAUCAGCGAGGCAUUCACAAAUGAUGAUAGCGGAUGGCGAUCGGAAUGGUUUCAAUCACGCCUACGACACAUUGUGGCGGCUGAAAAUAUGUCAUAUCAUAUUCCAGGUUAUCGUGAGGCGAAUUGCAGAACCAGCUGUGGGAGCAGCAGGCGAAACAAGAGGCCCACAUGCAAGAACUGCAGGCGAAGCACGAAGCCCAUAUACAGGAGAUACAGGCGAAGCAAGAAAUACACAUGCAGGAGCUCAAGCAACUGUUACUUCAGAAAACUAG